GACAAUAAAUAUAGAACUGUCUGUAAGGCAUCAUGUCUGAAUAUAAUUAUGUCUUCCUUCUUACCAUUACCUGUAAGUUAAUCAAAUUUGAAAAACAAAGCAACCAAAAAGUGUCAGUUUUCAAAGAAUAUUAACAACAUUCCACCAAAUUUAAUCAUAGCCCUAAUCCAAAUUUAAGCAAACCCCAGUUCUGUAGCUUCACAAGAAAUUGUAUAAAGUUCAUGGGUAUCUUAAAAAAGUGAAAAAGGUUUAAUCUUUGAACCACCCAAUACUGAAAAGAUUCAGUCUUUUUUCUGGGUCUUUUGUAAAAGGUGGGUUAGAGAGAGAAAGAGGUUUUAGAGAGAGAAGGAGAUGAAGGAGGUGUUUGGGAGUCCAGGGAGAGUGAGUGGAUUAGGAUUAAGAAUAGGGCAGUUUGUGUUUGCUGCUGCUUCUAUUGGUGUUAUGGUUUCUGCUCGUGGCUUCUUUAAUUCUACUGCUUUCUGCUAUUUGAUUGCGUCGAUGGGGCUUCAAGUUCUUUGGAGUUUUGGACUUGCAUGCCUUGAUAUGCAUGCUUUAAGAUCAAAGAGAAACCUACAAAAUCCUGUCUUAGUGAGCUUAUUUGUAGUUGGUGACUGGGUGACAUCGAUCCUAUCACUUGCAGCUGCAAGUGCAUCUGCUGGAGUCACGGUUUUGUAUGCAAGAGACUUACAUUAUUGCAAAGCGCCGCCUUAUUUCCCAUGUAGCCGGUUCCAAAUCUCCAUUGCUUUUGCAUUUAUCUCAUGGUUUCUCCUUGCCAUAUCUUCCCAUGUUAUGUUUUGGCUUUUGGCUAAUGUAUGAUUAUGACUUAAUGAGAAUCAACCACACGGACCGAUAUUCUUCAUUACAUUGUAAAUAUUUGCAUUUCUGGAACGUUUCCGUUUUUUCUUGGAAAUAUCAGAAUUGUCCCUUCUCGAUA